AUGGUGGAUGCAAGCCCGAUCACCAAGUCAAUGACAAAGAGGAGGAAGUUGAAGACCAAGAAAAUGGAGAUGAUAUCAGUGCCUGGGAUGGGUAACGCUGCCGGGACAGCAGAACAGAACUUUCUCAGCCUGCGCAGGGCUCACCAGAUCACGCAGCUGCCGCAGAGGCGCUGUGAGAUUUGGAAGUGCCAGCGCCGUGCUGUGCUGCUGGAGUCUGCCACCUCCACCGAGAGCAAGGAAGUGUUUAGCCAGCUCUGCGAAUACGACGAGCCAGUGGCAGGCCCACGUGGUCAGGAGCGGAGGCGCCAAGCAGGGUUCAGGGGACAGAGAUUCGGUGAACAGAAUUGA